AUGGAUAUGGUGAUGAGAUUGGCAUCAAAGAGAGCACUGGUGAUAUUCAGCACGAGUUCAUGCUGCAUAUGCCACACCGUCAAGACUCUCUUCUUCGACCUUGGCGUCUAUCCCGACGUCCAUGAGCUCGAUGAGGAGCCAAUGGGGAGGGAGAUGGAAAAGGCGCUCAUCAAGAUCACCGGCCGCAAGCCAACAGUGCCUGCAGUGUUCAUCGGGGGCAAGUUCAUCGGAGGAACCGAAAAUGUUAUGUCCCUUCAUCUUGGAGGCAAACUUGUGCCCCUUCUUAAGGAUGCAGGGGCUCUCUGGCUGUAA